GGAGAAUCUGGAGAGAUGUCCAAACCUUCACGUCUGGUCAAACCUUCCAAGCAGUCCCGAAAGCAACCUCCAGGGAGUCGCUCGCACAUGCUGGUCGUCGGGGAGAGGUUGAUGAGGGCUGGCAGUGAGGGCAACCUGGUGAGAACCAGACCACCCCAGAAGCCUUCUGACACAAAUCUAAUGGGUUCCAAUCCAGAGCCAGCGAGAAGCAACCAGAGGCUGUGCUCCCAUGAGGAUGUGGAUAGCCACAGCAGAAAACAAAGCAGUGCAGACGAGAGCGAGCAGUCAGACCCCUGGUCCCCUCGCACGGUCCCCAGGAGACACACGGUAGGAGGACCUCGCACUGCUGGGGACGUGAUCAUCAUGCAGUCCUACAACAUGGACCACAAGAAAGAGGCCUUUCUUGAGCACCUGAAACAGAAGUAUCCCCACCAUGCUUCUGUAAUUAUGGGGCACCAGGAAAGACUCAGAGACCAGAUCAGGAGUUCUGGGCACAGUGUAACCCCUCAGUCUGCUCUAGGGGAGCCAGGGGAGCAUCUCUCUUUGGCCUCUCUUGAGUCUUUGGAGGCCAUGUCGGAGGGAGAAGCCCCCUCCGCCUUCACCCGAGGCAGCCGCUCCCGAGCGAGCCUCCCCGUGGUCAAGUCAAAUAACCAAACCAAGGACAGGUCAUUAGGUGUCCUCUACCUGCAGUAUGGAGAAGAGACUAAACAGAUUCGAAUGCCCAAUGAGGUGACGGGUGCAGACACCAUCAAGGCUCUGUUUGUCAGUGCCUUCCCUCAGCACCUCACUAUGAAGACACUGGAGUCCCCCAGCGUGGCUAUUUACAUCAAAGAUGACAUGAGGAAUAUGUACUACGAGUUGACUGAUGUCAGGAACAUUACGUCACAGUCUUGCCUGAAAGUGUAUCACAAAGACCCAGCCCAGGCUUUUAAUCACAAUGCAAGAGCCAAUAAUGGAGAAAUUAGGAUCACAAGAGAGCGGCUCUACAGCGGCAGACAGCAGCCUGGAGGCCAAAGCCCAGUGCACACUCUGCCUCACAGUCCCAUACAUUCAGUCCAGGGCUCUAUGUCUCCUCCUACACCUCGCUCCAUGCCCUCAUCUCCUUCCAGGAUCCCUUUCGGUCACUCUGUUGCCAUGCCCGGUGGCGCCACCUUACCCAGGGACCGCAUGUCCAACGCGCCCCCAAGUCGUUCCAUCACACCGUGCUCCAGUGCCAUCCUGGAGCGACGAGACGUGAAACCAGAUGAGGAUCUGAGCAGCAAGAGCACUCCUUUGUAUCCAGAAGCAUACGGUUCACCUGAGGCCAGGCUCAGCGUUGCCUCAUCGCAAGGCAGCCAUACUGGAGACGUCCCGGAUGGGGCAGCCUACAUCCAGCACCGCUCCACUAUCAAGUCUGUAGGUGCGUACACAGAUGGCCAGGAUCUGCAGCACUCUCUCUACAGACAGAAAUCUCGCAAGUACAGUGAGAGUCAGCUCGCCUCCAUGGGCUCCAAAACGCCGCCUGCCUCUCCUCACAGGGUCAAUGAGGUCAGAAUGAUCGACAUGCUCCCAGGCCAGAACUCCCACAUGGCCUCACAAGGUGUGGCAGCGGAAAGAGCGUCACCUGUGAGAAGAUCUUUCCGCAAGGACAGUAAUGGGGCCGUGGAGGUGGCGACCAGGGUGAGAGGCAAUGUGGCCUCCCCUGUUUUUGCCGACCUUCCACCCACCCAAAAUUUAUAUUUACACGGCCCUACUGCUAUUUCAACCCCNCUCUGCAGAGAGAGAAUGAAGGCCAUGGAGGAGCAAAUAGCCAGUCUGACUGGUCUUGUGCAGCAUGCUCUCUUAAAGAGCCACAGCACUAACAGCAACAAGGAACACCCCAGUGAGAAACCAGUCAAAUCUGGAUCACCGGCUCACAGCACAUCUAGCACAGGAGGUUCUCCCGUAUUAGCACCAAAAAUCGCUGCAGCGCCUCCUGAGCACAGCCCCGCCCCUACACCACCACUGGGCCCCGCCUCCUUGCAUGUUAACCUACAUCUGUUCAGGAAGAAUGUCUCUGAGCUCCGCCUCCAACUGCAACAUAUGAGACAGUUACAGCUUCAGAAUCAGGAGUGUGUACGUGCUCAGAUAAAGCGCGCGGAGCAAGAGAUCAGUGCGAAGCUGGCUGAAAUGCUGAGACGACAGGAAGAUCCGACACAGAAACAGAGGACACUGGUAGAGGAAGAGAGACACCGAUAUCUCAGCAUGCAGGAAAGAGUUCUCACCCAGUUGGGGGAUCUGGAGCAGUACGUGGAGACACUGAGGACCGACUCCAGCCCUGCUGUGUCUCAGAGAGCCGUGACGCUGAAGGAGGUAGAGGAGGGAGCUGUCAGCCUGAGGAAGGUGGGCGAGAACCUGGCUGGACUGAAAGGGGAGUUUCCAGCUCUUCAAUCCCGUAUGCGGGCGGUGCUCAGGGUGGAGGUGGAGGCUGUCAAGUUCCUCAAAGAAGAGCCGCACAAGCUUGACAGCAUGCUGAAGAGAGUCCGAACUCUCACAGACACACUCAGCAACCUUCGCAGGUCUGCCACAGAUAGCCUGCUAAAACCCUCUGACUCUGUUUCCUCGACAUCUGCCUCUGAAAAACCAGAAUCAGCCAUGGUUGAAUCCCUCGAGACUGCCUCAGUUGCACCUCAGAGCUCCACCGUGAGGUCAGAGGUUAUGACGUCAAACUCUGUGGUGAUCCACCAUGCCCAGGCUUCUCCGGUACCUUCGCAACAAUCUCAGCAAUCAACAGCACCCUCACCCAUUCCCCCUGCCGCACUAAGACGAGAGUCAACCCCUUCACCCACCAAACAGCUCAAAAAACCCUCACUCGAGCAGACACCAAUACCAAAUAACAGCAGUAAUGGAGUCUCUUCUAAUGGCAUUCAUGGCAAAGGUCCUUCUCCAAACUUCAUCGAGGAGAUCCACGCAAGCCGCAGCAAGAACAAAAACAGAGCUGUGUCAAUAGAGGCUGCAGAGAAAGAAUGGGAGGAGAAGAGGCAGAACAUGGGUCAUUAUGAUGGGCAAGAGUUCGAACGGAUGCUCCUGGAAGCAGAAGCUAAUAUGCUCAGAGGAAUACCAAACCUUGAGGUGCCCAUUGAACCUGAGGGCUGUCCUACACCGAUUCCUGCCUCCCUGGAGGAGGUGGAAGAAAAAAAUGAGCCCAUGGCAGCACCAGCAGAACAGGAUGACAAUCAGCCAAAUUCUGAGAAACCUACUAAGACUGCUCCAGAGAAACCUCCCAAACCUCUGGAGAAACCAGUUAAGUCAGCUUUGGAGAGACCUCUUAAACCCAACCUAUCCAUCAAAUCCAGCCAGGAGAGACAAAAUAAGACUCAGGAAAAAGUUGUUAAGCUUCAGACCACAGAGAAAUCCAACAAGUCUCCACCUCCACCCCCACCUCGACGAACCUACACCACCAACACCGGGAUGACCACCACCCGGUCUGGAGAGGUCAUUUACACUAGCAGGAAGGAGUCUGUUAUGGAGGGUGAAGAGGAAUCCAACAGUACAGUAUCUCAGCCUGAACCAAAAACCUCUCCAGAGGUGAAGCCCAAACCCAUUACCCCUCCACCUAUCGCUGCCUCAGCUAUUACUGAGGAAGAGGAUGAGGGAGACAAGAUUAUGGCAGAGCUGCAGGUUUUCCAGAAGUGCUCUUUUAAGGAGGUAGGGCUCAAGGGUUUGGUAGAGCCACAGAUCAGAGAGCUAAGACCUGGGGUCUUACUGCCCCUUAAAGAUAAGAAGAAUACUGAAAACCAAGACGACAAGAACCCUGAUACAGAUGAGAAUGGCAACAAUACAAUUCGGCAGAGUCCUGGGGUCAUCUACUAUGUCACAGCUCAGAUCGCCAAGGGAACUCCAUCAGCCUCAGAGGAAUCAACAGAACGUAGAGAUGCAUCACACUCUCCACCAUCACAGGUGUCACAUGUCAAUGCUUCUGACCAAUGCCAAAGCCAGCUGCAGGUAUCCACUAACAAAUUUGGCAUCCUCAAAAGUAGCGGCCCAGCCAGCUCUUCUGCCGCUCUACAACAAAAUCAGCUGUCUCGUUCAGCCUCGUUGAAGUCAAAUCCACCCUCUCCGCUGGAAGAAGUUCCAGCUAGCCCCACCCAAGGAAAAGUUCAUGUGGUCAAAGCUGCUCAAGUGCAGGUUAGCAUAGAGGAGAGGGUAGAGUCUCCAACAGCAAUGUGCUCACCAGUCACUUUUGAAAACACUGUACAGAUUUCUUCUAAAGCAGUCCCUGCUGGGACAGAUAUAGCAAAUCAGAAACUUUUAUUUGGUUCAUCCAAGGUGAAGGAAAAGAAAUUUGAGGAAAUUGAGGAAAAUAAUGAGGCCUCUCUCAGUCCCGAUUUGUCAGGAGAAGAGCCACCUCCACCUCCUCCUGAUAACUUUGCCUUUAUGAUCACUAACACCAAGGUACAAGCUCUUUCCACUGGAGAGUACCAUCGGCUAGUCAAUGCCAAAAAAGGUUGUGUGCAGACGGUAACUGUUGGCAGCAAACGCCCAAGUUCUUCUGAAAGUGGCACAGCAUCAGGAGGUGAUGUCUGUACUAAUGGACCCACUGGUGCUGACAAUGCCAGUAAAAAGCCAGUCAUCAUCAUCUUUGACGAGCCAAUGGAUAUCCGUUCAGCCUACAAACGCCUCUCUACUAUCUUUGAAUGUGAGGAGGAACUAGAGCGGAUGCUUGCAGAAGAAAGAAUAGAUGAGGAGAGUGAGGAAGCUGAGGAAGAAGAAUGGAUUAAGGGAGUACAGGUUAAACAGAAUGGAGAUGGUAGGGAUUCUGAAAAAAGUACUGUUUCAAAUUCUCCUGCAGAUAUCACAGAUGGUCAAGUCAGGAACUCUUCUUCAUCCUCAACUUCGUCUGAGGGAGGGGCAUUAGUAGAUGUUGCUGGUGAUGCAAAGCAAGACGGAAAGAAGAAGUUCAAGUUGAAGUUCCCCAAGAAACAGCUAGCAGCAUUAACGCAAGCCAUUCGAGCUGGAAGUAAAACAGGCAAAAAGACUUUGCAGGUUGUUGUCUAUGAGGAUGAGGAAGAGUCAGAUGGGACUGUGAAACAACACAAAGAGACCAAGAGGUUCGAAAUUGCUUGCUCCAAAACAGAGUCUUCUAAAUCAAAUCAGCAGGAGCCUAAUGGCCGAACAGACGAGAUUCGUAAGAAUACCUACAAAACCCUUGACAGUCUAGAGCAAACCAUAAAGCAGCUAGAGAACACCAUUUGUGAAAUGGGACCGAAGUCUUCAGAAGAGGCUGAAAUCUUGGUGAACCCUGGAACUCAGGACAAAAGGACUGAAGAGAGUUCAGGGCACACAGAGAAAGGACUUUCUUCCAAAACCUUGGUACCAAGGUCGACUUCUGCCAGUAAAGGUCCUGGUCUACGAAAGAAGACAAAACCACAGCUCCUUCCUCGGCCUGCCAUCAUACCAACUACCGGGGUUUCAGUCACACCAGUUCCCACCCAGCAGAAUGCCAGCGUGGUGUCACCUACUAGUCGGAUGCCGGUGCCUGUUUCUGCCAAGGCUAGGCAGCAACCGGGCACCUCAGAGAAAGAGAGGGCAACAAAACCGCAAAAGCUACAGGACUCUCAGAGGCAGUUCCGCCAGGCUAAUGGAAGUGCUAAGAGAUCUGGAGGAGAUCCCAAAUCCACUUCUCCUACUGUGCCUGCUUCUAAAAUUCCUGCUUUUUCCUCUAGUACGGGAAAAGGCUUGAACCAGUCUGAUUCUACUAAUAUUGUUAAUUCUUCUUCUCCUUUAUCUUCCUCCCUUCCCACUAGCAAAUCUUCUAUCCCUCCUCCUCGAUCCAGUUCCACCCCCUCCUCUCAUAUCCCCUCCCUUUCUAACGGUUCUUUAAAAUUUGCCCCUCCCACUCACAGCACUAAAGGCCUCUCUAUUCCCACGCAGACACAAAAUGGUCGACCUUCCUCCUCUUCCUCCUCUUCCUGUUCCCACUCCCCCUUGUCCCCGACUAUGUUGAGUCAGAGUGCGAAGAGUAUCCGUACCAUUCACACACCCAGCUUCACCAGCUACAGUCGGCCACACAACGGAAAUGCCGGUAAAUCAGCUAUUCCCACGGUAACUCUCGCUAAGGACGCUGCGUAGAAUGCUUCGCUGCUUCGCAACCAUUUAUGUAUCUCCUAAAGAGGUGGAGUCAGUCCUGAUUUUAGUCGUUUCACUUUUUUAAGUUAAGAUUUGAUUUGUUUAAACAAUUAAUAUUGUUCUGUCAGAGUGAACUUUUGUUUUGUUUUGGCAUGACUUUGGUUAUUGCAUGUUAUUAUUUUCUCUGUUAAAAUGAAAGGCCAUCAUCCAUUAAUCAGUGUUUUAAACUUGAAUCUCUGCAAAUCAUAAACAUAUAAAAAGAUAAACUCUUUUAUUUAAAAACUAAAAAAGAAAAAAUCAAGAAUUUUACAGAGCACUUCAUUUGAAAAGAAUAUUUAUUUUUCAUACAAGUUGAGAGACUAAGUAUUCAAGUCAGUAGUAAAAGUAUGUAAACAAUGUUUUGGUUAUUAAUAUCCUCUAAAUGAUUUUGAAUGAGGUUUUUUCGUUUAUUUUAGUUGACAGACAUUGGUUGUAGCCAUAAUAAGUGAAAAAGUACUGUAAGUAUAUUAACCAUUGAUGCAAUUUGACAAACAUUGUGUCUGUUUUUUUUUCUUUCUCUCAUGCACUGCCAAUGUCUUUAAGAUUUAUCAUUAUAAAUUGACAACAGUUUUGCAAUGAACAGUUGUCUGUCUUUUCAGUAGUCGUGCCUAUUUGCCAAAGUUUGUAUUUUACAUCUUUACAACUGACUAUAUGCUGUGUUAGACACUUUGUACAUUUAGGAGAGGUUAUACCUGGCUUAACCUACCUAUGUCACAAUUCCUUGAUUCACUCAUGCAGUCUGUGGCUCUUAAAUUAAUGAAUAUUGAUGUCUAAAUGUAAACUAAAAAUUGUAGUGAUUGAUACAAUUGCUCUCUACUUCACAUGUACAUACUGUAACAUCUCUAUUUCAGAGACUGUCUUUAGUUUUGUUAACAUAUUGUACCAAAGUUUAUUUCUAUGCAUGCCUAUACAAAAUUGUAGAAAGAGAGAAUGUAAUAGAAAAAAAAUGCUUGCACAGACAUAUUUUGUAAAUAAAUGUUUUCUUUGGUUUUGUAUAGCUUUAAUUACAGAAGCAAUCAGUGCAAAAGAGUGUAGGUAUUAAAGUAGUAAAGUUCUGCAUGCUUGUUGUUCACAUGGCCUCUCGGCUAUGGUUUCUUCACUGCAACACUGCAAGUCCUUCUAUUAAACAUUUUGGCAGAUA